AUGAAGGCCAAUUCUCAAUUAAAUCAUCCUUUUCGAAAUGAAAUUGAUGAUGGGAGUAUUCACAAAGCAACGAAGAGCACAAUGAAGCUUAAAAAUGAACUAAAAGAAUGCACUAUCAUGAAUAAAGUAUUAUACUUAUUAUUCUAAAAGGCCUAUAAAGUUUCACAAUAAUUUGGCUUAAAAGCUAGCAGACUAUUUAAUUGUUCUUAUAUAAACAUUUAGGAUUUGAUUUCAAAAAUCCAAGAAGAUUUUCGUCAGUCUGAAAACCUCAUCACAAAGCUUAAAGAUGAAAAAAAUAAGCUUAAAGACGCCUUAGCUGAUACUUUGCAUAAGAAAGACGAACUCUACUCAAAAAUGCUAGAGUACCGCGAAGAGCUUACUCGCGAAAAGCGGAAAAACCAAGAUCUCCUAGGGAAACUAGGAGAAAUUGAAGGUAUAAAGUUACAUAUUCACGACCUUAACCUAAUAAUGAGCUCCAAAGAGCAGCAAUACGAAAAUAUUAUAAAAGAAAAUAACACCCUAAGAGCUCAGCUAGCAAAGCAAGAAAUUGAGGCUACCAGUUGAAAAGAACUAUAUGAAGCUAACAAAGUAAAAGACUCAAGCUUUACUUCAGCAGCUAAUGAAGACAAUGGAGGGUGGGAUAUUGAUAUUAUUAACGUUUGGAAUGUAGUUAUGAGAAAACUUCAUAUAGACUCUGAUUUAUAUGACACUUUUAAAAAGAAUGCAUCAGGACUGAGCUAUUUUUCAGAAUUAUUAGAGAAUGGGAAAUGAAAAGAAGCUCUGUAUAGGAACUUGUGCUUUUUAAAUGACUUUUUGAACCCUCAAGAAAUAAAUUCCUGUAAGUCUGUUCAAACAACUGAGAUCAAUUCAAAGCCAGUGAUUUCUCAUAAAAAGCAAAAAACACCAACUUUUGUGGUCCCAGAAAUAAAAUCACAGCAAAUUGACCCUGAAAUCGACCUUGCGCCUAUUCAUGAUCAAGCUUUCCCUAGAAGUGACACUCCAAAAAUGGAUAAAUAGCAUUAAGUUCGAGUGAAGCUUUGCUAAUUUUCUCUCUAUAUUGAAAUUUUAUUUAUAGGGUUAACUUCCCUCGAAGAAAGCAAAAAAAAUUUGCUCACUCAUAGAUGGAGUUUAUUUUUUUAAAAAAUUUAUAUACAAGGUUUAUAGUAAUUUUUUUCAAAAAAUUGAGAAGGAAAAAUUAAUUUUUUUUGCAAAAUUUAAAAAUGCAAGCUGUUUAAAAUAAGCUGAAUUUGAUAGAUUUUUCAUCGAAAUAUUUUUUAUAAAAAAAUUUCAUAUCUAAAUAAUUUUUGUUCUCUAACGGAGGGUGGAUUUUUCUAGUAAUUGGCUCACUCAGUAGGGGAGAGUAAACAGCAAAAGCAGUUUAACCUUGGAAAUAGCCAAGAGAACUACUCCUAAAUGCUUAGGGACUUACUAUUCAGCACAACCAAGAAGGAUCUGAGUCAGGAAGGGCGAUGGGAUUGCGCCGAGUGAGAAUCGCUGGCUAGGCUGGCAGGCGAUUAAUUUUGGAUGGUCCGACCUUUUGAUUUCGGAAAUGCUUGUAAUGUCACCAUUUUGGCUCUGUCCCUUUAGUUUGAAUGUGGGCGCUAGACACAUUAAAUACUCUAAUUAAUGCAAUAUAACGAACUCCAGAAAUGAUAAUAAAAGAUAGGGAAGAACUUCUUCAAAGUCUUGCUAUGCAGAAUAAUAAACUUUUACAGUUAAACCAGCAAAUCUAUGACACAAUGUCACAAGAAAGAAGCUCUUCAACUGUAAGCAAACCACGAUCGAAAUGGAGUAACAAUUCUGAAGAAAGUCUCCCAGCUACUAAAUACGAUAUUUAUGAUGAAAAAGAAUAUCAAAAAAUAAAUAGAAAUAUUAAAGGCAUCUAUGAUCACAUUGAUAAUCAAGAAACAGGUGAAUAUCUAAGUUCGGAUGACCAUAAAUAUUCUAUAUUUGGCUUGACACUUUACUUUUAUCCUUUCAACUUCAAGAAAAUCUGUGUUAAGAAAGUUAUAGAAAAUAAAAACUUCUAAUGCGAGAAUGUUCCUGACUUGUAAGUUUUGAAAAUAAAACAUAAAGUGAAUAAUAACUUUCGGUUAUUAUUUUUAUAUAAGCGGAAAAUUUUUAAAAAUAAAAAUUGAGAGGGUAAGCAUUAAUUUAUUAUUUUUUAUAUUUUAUAUGAGCAAAUUAUUUAUAUUUAUUAAUUAUAUGAGGCAGUUAUUAAGAAAUGAAAAAAAAAUUAAAAUAAAGAUUAAGAACAAGAAUGAAACUAAAAAGAAUUCCAGAAACUUAAAUAAGCCAUAUCAAAAUCAGCCUCUUAAAUCUCCAAAAGCAGGACAAAUGCGAAUUCAAAAUUCUUGGGAAGCAUCAAAUUCAUCUAGGCGAGGUAGUAAUUAA